UACCGCAUCAAAAAGAGGGGGUGGGUCUUGAAAUGGGUAUUUGACCUCGAAAAUCUUGACCCGGCCCCCUAUAACCAGAUCCUUUUCUUCCCCCUCUCCGUUGAGAUUCAGUAAAACCAAAAGGUCCAAAACAACUCUGUAACCAUUUUCAUUUCGAGCAUUCUGCGACAAAACUCAGACUUCAUGGUAUUUUGUAAUUGUUUGGAUUUUUUUUAGCCUUGAGCAAUAGAAGCAGCUUUUUGCCUGCGUGGAGUGUAAUUUGGUUGGCAAGCUCUUUGUCGAAUGGCAAAGAUGAUUGUUGGAUCAGUGGCUUUGAAGCGAUCGAUAUCAACUUUGUCAUAUCUCCGCGAAAGAAUUAAACAAACAGAGAAUGAGAUUGUCGAUAUGUUUCGUUUACCUAGUACGAAAGAUGAAGUGCCAAACUUGCCCAUGAAGGGAAAGCUGUCGAGGAAGGACCCCUCUGUUCGAACAUUGGAUGAGAGAUUUAUAAGGAUUUUGAAAAUAUUCAAGUGGGGACCUGAUGCGGAAAAGGCCUUGGAAGUGCUAAAGUUGAAGGUGGAUCAUCGAUUGGUUCGUGAGGUUCUGAAGAUAGACGUUGAGAUCAAUGUUAAAAUUCAGUUUUUCAAAUGGGCUGGGAAGAGGAGGAACUUUGAACAUGACUCAACUACCUACCUGGCUUUUAUCCAUUGCUUGGAUGAAGCUGGGGUAGUUGGAGAAAUGUGGAAGACAAUCCAGGAGAUGGUUAGGAGUACAUGUAUUAUUGUUCCAUCUGAGUUAUCGGAAAUUGUCAGAGUCUUGGGUAAGGCUAAGAUGGUCAACAAGGCACUAUCUGUCUUUUACCAGAUAAAGAGUCGCAAGUGCAAACCCACGGCAAAUACUUACAAUUCCAUGAUCUUGAUGCUGAUGCAAGAAGGUCAUCAUGAAAAAGUCCAUGAGCUUUAUAAUGAGAUGUGUAAUGAAGAUAACUGUUUCCCAGAUACAGUGACAUAUAGUGCACUCAUAUCAGCAUUUGGGAAAUUGGGUCGUGAGGAUUCCGCCAUGAGGUUGUUUGAUGAGAUGAAGGAGAAUGGCUUGCAGCCCACUGCAAAGAUUUAUACGACAUUGUUGGGAAUGUUUUUCAAGCUGGGUAGGGUAGAGGAAGCUUUGGGUCUAGUCCAAGAGAUGAAAGAGAAGGGGUGUCCUCUAACUGUCUUUACUUACACAGAGUUGAUAAAGGGGCUUGGGAAAGUUGGGAGGAUUGAAGAGGCUUACAGUAUAUAUAUUGAUAUGCUCAAAGGGGGUGUUAAGCCUGAUGUUGUGCUCAUAAACAAUCUGAUAAACAUUUUUGGAAGAGCAGAUCGUUUGCAAGAAGCUCUUAAAAUUUUUAGUGAAAUGGAAUCUUUGCAAUGCAAACCGAAUGUCGUGACAUAUAACACUGUAAUAAAGGCUUUAUUUACAUCCAAAGCUCCAGCUUCCGAGGCUUCUUCAUGGUUUGAAAAGAUGAAGGCAACUGGUGUUGCUCCCAGCUCGUUUACUUAUUCAAUUCUUAUUGAUGGUUUUUGCAAAACAAAUAGAGUUGAGAAAGCUUUAUUGCUUCUUGAAGAGAUGGAUGAAAAGGGUUUUCCUCCUUGCCCAGCUGCCUAUUGCAGCCUGAUAAAUAGUCUUGGAAAAGCAAAACGGUAUGAAGCUGCAAAUGAGUUAUUUCAAGAAUUGAAAGAGAACUGUGGACGCUCAAGUGCUCGUGUAUAUGCUGUAAUGAUCAAACACUUUGGGAAAUGUGGGCGUCUCAGUGAAGCUGUAGAUCUUUUUAAUGAGAUGAAGAAACUUGGAUGCAAUCCUGAUGUUUAUGCUUAUAACGCACUCAUGUCAGGGAUGGUAAGGGCUGGCAUGAUAGACGAAGCUCAUUCCUUACUUAGAACAAUGGAAGAAAAUGGUUGCUAUCCAGACAUAAACUCACAUAAUAUCAUUCUAAAUGGCUUGGCUAGAACUGGUGGCCCAAAGCGGGCUGUUGAGAUGUUUACAAAGAUGAAACAAUCGAAGAAUAAGCCAGAUGCAGUUUCUUACAACACUCUUCUUGGCUGUCUAAGCCGAUCUGGUAUGUUUGAGGAAGCCGCUAAGCUGAUGAAAGAAAUGAAUUCUAGAGGUUUUGAAUAUGAUCUUAUCACUUACUCAUCAAUACUUGAGGCGGUUGGUAAGGUUGAUGAAGAUCGUAAUCCUGUCACUUUGUGAAAGAACUAGGUCAGACUACCACUCUUGGAUACUGGAAGCUAGGUCAUCUUACCUUGCUAAUUUUGACUCAGAAUGUGUGCAAGAGAGCCAUAGAUAGAUGACAAGCCAUGUAUAGUGGUUGCAAUUUGACCAAAAAGGUUGAUUAAAACCCACAGGAAAGCUGCCAUAGUAAUUUGAUAAUGAAACUGAAAAACAUCAGUUGAAUUGGAGAAGAUUGAUUCUCCACAGACAACUCUUUGAUUAGUUGUCCCUGUCUGCAGAUUUGCAAUGAGGAUUGUUCUCAGGCUCCAACACUUUGCAUUGCCUUGUUGGAUAAUUCAAGCAGCAAAUUUGGUAAUUGAAUGGUCUGACUUGUAAUAGUAUUAGAACAUCUUACAAAUUAUAUUCGAGAAAAUACUGAUGGGCAUCCUCUUUCACAAACAGGGACAAUUUGAAAAGUCUGUGAAUAAGAAGUUUGAAGAUGUUUUUGAAUCCAUGUUUCAUAGUCCUUAUGAAGAAACCAAAGCAAUGGCAAGGAAAAUCUGGAGAAGUGAGUUUGCAGCAGCCUGGGAUCACAGAACAUUGAUGAAUGAGACAUUUCAAAAGUCUCUCAGAACGAUGGAGAACAUCAUUAAAUAUCUGAAUCCUUUUUUAUGACAAAACUUUUGUGUAUGCUCAUUAAAUUAAAUUGGAUUAACCUCUAGAGAAAUAGUAUGAAUAUAACACAGCGAUCAACCAAAGUUUUUCUUACUGAAUUUUGAUCUUUAAUGAGGGACGGAUUUGAGUGGCUACUAAAUUAAAUCUUUACGAAAGCUUUUCUACUCAUCCAAACAUGAAGGGGGGACUUGUUUGGGUAUCGAUGUUCACCUUAAUGCAUGAAAAAGUCCAAAACUACCAUUAUUGCUUUUUUGGCAUAGUGGAAAAUGGUGGAAGGAGACUGCAUUAUGAAAGAUGAUGGAGCCUUACAAGCAGGUGAUGCCUUGGAAAAGUAAAAGUGCAAGACGUGUGCUUAUAUCUAAAGACCAAGAACGCAAUGAACUUUAACCUUUGGUGGACCAGAUGAUACUUCACUUUUAAGACGAGCAAUUCUAAAUAUUUAUCUCCUAUUCCUAUUCCUA